AUGGCCCCUGCUCGCAAGAAGCCUUUGAAGAAGAGGAUCCGGGCGGAAGCCUUGUGCUACGCUUGCGAGUGCGCUUACACCGACCCGGUGGUCCUCGACUGCGGGCACAGUUAUUGCCGGGCUUGCGUGGAGGGGAUGCUUUUCUCGCGCUGCCUGAUCUGCUUCAAGGAGUUUGACCGCAGCCGCCUGACCCCCAACCGGAGCCUGUCCGGCCUGGUGGAGAUCACGCAACAGCUGCUGGAGGCGGAAGGCGAGGAGAGGCUCCCCAAGAAGGCUUACUUCUGCAAGGAGGAGAAGGCCAUCAUCUGCCAGACGUGCUGCGCCUCCGAGGAGCACCGAGACAAGGACCUGACCCUUGCGGAUGUGGCUGCGCGAGAGUACAAGAUUUAUAUGGAGGAAUGCCAGGAGAAUCUGGUGAAGGAGGAAAAAGACGUUAAGGCUAACAAAGCAGCUCUUGAGUCAGAGACUCUGUACUAUUUCACGCGAACAACAGCAGCGUGGAAAAAGACAAGGACAGAGUUCAAAAAGAUGAAGGAGUUUCUGGAAGUUCAAGAGAGACAAAUGCUGGCUCAGGUGAUGGAGGUUUAUGAAGAGAUUAAAAGGGACAAGAAAAAGCAGCUCUCUGCUCUUUCCAAGAAACGGUCCUUUCUGCAAGAUCUCAACUGUGACAUGGAUGAGGCUGACUGCCUGCCACCAAGUGAAUUUCUGGAGGUUAUUGGAGACCUCUUGCAGAUAUAUGACGAGCGGGAGAAGGUUCAGCCUCUGGGGUCUCUUUCUCCUGAGCUGCAGAGCAAAAUCUUGAGUGUUGCUGAUAUCAACACGUUUCUGCUGGGUGCCAUGAAGUGUUUCAGAGGAGUGACAACUCCGGAUACAAACGGAAGUCAUCCCUCCAUCGACACGUCCGAGGAACCUCAAUCUGUGAGCAACUUGGACUAA